UUAGAACUUCCCAUAGCUUUGAUCGGAAAGGAUUAAAAACAAUAAAAAUUCGAUUUUAAUAUAUUCAAAAUCAACACUUGUAAAUCUGGAGUAGUUGGUACUUUAUUUUUGAAAUAACGUACAAAAUUUAGCUUCUUUCUUUUUGGAAAAUCACGUUUUAAAUAAAAUAUGCUACUUUUGGGGAAAUUCAAAAACGUAGUGAAGAUUGAUGCAUUAAAAUGCGCCAAUACGGCUCUGAUGCGAUAUAAUUCAAGUGGUUCGCCCAGAGCUAACAGAACCACAGUUGGUUUAGGUAAAUUGAAAACGAACACAGGCAAAACAACAGUGAGUGUGGGUAAAAUCUUGUCGGAUGAUGGCAAAGUCGCAGUGAAUAAGGGCAAAUCCACAGCCAUAGUAGAUACAGUACUAACCGAAAAAAAGAAACCCGUAUCUGGAGGCAAACCGGGUCGCUCUCGCAAUGUAACCGGAAACUCUAAAUCGGACAAUCCAAGAAAAUUGGGGCGAAUGACUGCUAAUGAAUUGUUUGAAGCACUGGGAUCAGCAUCUGUAAUCAAAUCUGGUGAGAGCCGAAAAGUCGGAAAGUCUACAUCUCGCAGGAAAAGCGGAAUGAAAAUGCCUGGGCUUAAAUUCGGAGCCCUACCGUCACUGUAUUUUCAGUUUGGAGAUAAAAGUGGGCUUCUAUCGGAUAUCGUACUAUUGAAUCCUUCCCAUGCAUUUGCUCAGCAAAUGACCUAUGCAAACCAAGCAAUCCCACCCAAUAAUAAUCAAUUUUAUGAUGCAAAAAGGUUCGAAUCAAUACAUACUGAAAGAGCAAACGUAGAAUUUGAAUGUCCUGUGAUUCGAAAAGAACGAAAGAAGAAACUAGAGAAGUUCGAGUAUAGUAAAGUGGAUUGUGCCUCCUUGCUUGAAAAAGGAGUAAUUCAGCCUCCGGAUUCCAAGGAAAAACGAUUUGGUUGCAAGAAUAAAAGUGUUAAAUCUAAAUACACAACCCCUAAUGCUUGUGGUGUUAUCUUCGAAUGCCCGAAAAAGGUUGCGGAGAAGCAGAAGCAGACCCAUUGCGCAUCUUUUAUUUCAGUUUUAACCACACGAGAUUUCCUACGAUACCUCCAAGGAGUAUGCGGGAAUGUGCUGGAAAAGUUAAACUUGAAACCCGAGAAAGGUUUCAUGUUCAGAGAUAUUGCCGGGGAUACAUUGGCUAUGAGUUUGGCUUAUUUCAAUACUACCAGCCGGACAGAUUCACCAUAUACGGUUGAAGACUGGCCACUGUUUGAGAAAUCGGCCCAGCAAGGGAAGCCUAGCAAAGCAAAAAACCAUGUCAAACAAAGUCCCAGGAAGCACGUUAUCAAAUCUGCCUUCCGGAAAAGAAUCGUAUCUAACUCAAUAAAUUAUUCGCCGCAGCGUUCUGACCAAACCUUACGAAUAAGUGACGCUGAGCUGCUGCGGCUAUCGCUAAAGGAUAGUAGCAAAGCAAGUGCAAGUGGGCAACCUAUAAACUCAUUAGCAAACAGAAACAUCGCGACGCGGAACAUAAAUGAUGAGCAGUCGAAAAAUAAAGUUGAUCCGAACGAGGACGAAGGGCUAUCUGACGAUAGAUUCAUAGCCGCUCCAACAUCAGUGUUGACUCCAAUGAUACCGCCCAGUAAUUCAAUUGAAAUCGAUCCCAUUUCUGAAUUCAAAUCCCCAAAAAAAGUAUCCCUCGAAGACAUGCAAGUUCUCACAAUUGAGGGAGGUAAUGUCGAAAUAAACGACUCGAAAAAUAGACGUAGUGAAGGUACCUCCAAUUCAGGGGAAGCAAGAGAAUUCAAGCCAAUGCCUGGACAAAUUUGCUGUCCUAAAGGCGAUGAAGGCGCGCUACCGAAAGGUGACCAAAGUGCGUUACCGAAAGAAGCAGAGAAGCCCAAGCCAGUUUGCUGCCCAUCGAAGAAUUCAACCCAAAAUGCAGCUACCGAUAAGCCAAAAACGGCGAACGGGACUGAAAAGGCAGCAGUGUUGACACGACCAAACACAAAACCUAAUCCGAAAGACCCAGAAGCUUGCAUCCGGAAAUCUUGCGAUACAGCAAAGCGUAAAUCUAUUGCACUGAAGGAGGACCCUAAUGUUUUCAAUUGUUGUGCGUCAAUCGUAGGACCUCGAAAAGUUGAAAUAAACAACUGUCCAAUGCCCAAACUGAAAGACGACAGCGUGAUUGUGAAGAUGCAUACUGUAGGAUUAUGUUCGUCCGACGUGUAUUUGUUUGAGCAUGGUUCUGGUAAGGAAAAUGGACCCAUCGUCCUCGGGCACGAAGGCACGGGAGUUGUGUACAAGGCUGGCAAAAAUGUGAAAACUCUUCGUCCGGGAGACAUAGUGGCGUUAGAGCCCGGAAUACCAUGUUUGUGUUGCGCCUACUGCAGAUCAGGAUUGUAUAAUCUCUGCCCCUCGAUGGAGUUUAACGGUAUGUUACAAACAUACUGUGGACAUCCCGCCUCUUUUUGCUGUAAAAUACCGAAAGGGCUUGAUCCGACAUUGGCCGCGCUUACCCAUCCAGUAGCAUUAGGAUUACAAGCUUGUCGUAAAGGUUGUGUUAGUGUUGGUUCUACCGUACUAGUGCUUGGUGCUUGCCCGCUUGGAUUAUCUGCAGUUAUGGCUGCGAGGGCAAUGGGUGCCGAUAAAAUAAUUGUUAUUGAUACUCUUGAAAAGAAUUUAAGAGUAGCCUACGAGUUGUGUGCUGAUAAAACCAUUUUGGCGACGUGUGACUUGGAAGGAGAUCAGUUGGCAGAGAAGGUGUUAAUGGAAGCCAAAGGCCAACCGAACGUAGUGAUCGAUUGUUGUGGCUGUACGAAAACUAUUAACCUUGGAACAUUGGCCUUGAAGCCUGGUGGAAAAUUUGUGUUGGCUGGAUGUCAAAGCGACUGUGCCAACAUUCCGAUUUUGGCUGUGCUGGCGAAGGAUUUACACGUCCAUGCAAGCUUCAGAACAUGCAAUGAAUUUGGAAACGCAUUGAAUAUGAUUGAAACUAAACGCGCAGAUGUUGCAAAGCUUAUAACUCAUCGUACUGAGUUUUGCGAAGCCCAGGAAGGCUUCGAUUGGGCUGUUGAUGAAGAGAAGUCGGGGGCUAUCAAAGUUGUCAUAUAUUGGCCCCACACUACAAGGAAGCUAUAAAUUUUCUUUCGAAACCUGCAUUUAUGUAUAACAUUUCUUAUAGUGGUCCUUGUGGUAAGGUUUCUUUCUAAAUUGUUGACGCCUUUUUGGGAAGGAGACAUGUUGGAUAGUGUUGCAGAAAGUACCACUGUCAAAAUUAAUAGUAUUCCUGAAAUUCUAACCAAAAUGGUAUGGUAUUGUAUAAAAAACUAUAUUAAAUUUACACAUCUAUUGAGCAAUUACGGAGUAUCGUACGUUCCAUUAAAUUUGUAAAAUAUAUUCAAUAAUUGCGGGGAAAAUACUCAAUAAA